AUGGAGCUUACUAUGGUGCAGUUGCUAGACUUGCCUGGAGAUAAUACCAUCGUUGCACAUGAAAUUGUUAAAUAUAUGAAGAACACAAAAGCUUACUAUGGUGCAGUUGCUGUUAAAUUGGAUAUGUCGAAAGCUUUCGACAGGAUGGAAUGGAGCUUCAUCAAUGAAAUUCUGCUGAAACUGGGAUUUUGUGAUAAAUGGUGUCAGCUGGUUAAUCAAUGCAUAUCAACUACCACAAUCCCAAUUCUACUAAAUGGUUCUCCAAUACAAGCUAUGAUUCCAACAAGAGGUUUAAGACAGGGUGAUAGUUUAUCUCCAUAUAUCUUCAUUAUAUGUAUGGAAGAUGACUGCAUAUUGUUCUCCACAGCUAAAAGAUCUUAUAUAGAGAGUCUGCAAAAGGUCAUCUACAAAUUCUGUGAAGCUUCAGGACAAAUAAUUAAUCUCAAUAAAUCCAGCAUACACUUUAGCAAGAGAUUAAAUGAAGGUAUCAAGAUUGACAUCUGUAAGAUGAUGGGGAUGAAAACUAUGCCUUUAGAUGAGAAGUAUUUGGGAAUCAACUUAUUCAUGAGAAAAGGGAAAAAUAAAUGCUUCAAAAACAUCCAUGAAAAGAUGCAGACAAGAAUUCAAAAUUGGCAGGCUGUUUCAAUUCCCAAAAGAUGGGGAGGCCUGGGUUUUAAAAAUCUGAAGAUUUUCAAUGAAGCUAUGAUCACCAAACUGGCAUGGAGAUUGAUUAAUGAAAAGGAUAAAAAAUGGGUUGCUAUUUUAGAAGCAAACUAUUUCAGAAAUGAGAACAUUCUUCAUGAAGACAUAUCUGAUAAAGGAACUGUUAUUUGGAAAAGCAUCAGUAAAGGUAUAGGAUGGAUCAAAAAGUAUCAUACUUGGUUAAUUGGAGAUGGUAAAUCAGUUUAUGCUUUCAGAGACAAUUGGAUCAAUGGGUACAAUGCUCAACAAAUUCAAGAAAAUCUCAGUCAAAAUGAAGAUAUUCCUUACCACAUGAAAGUUGUUGAGUUCAUAGAUUUGAAUACCAGAAAAUGGAAUAUUAGUCUCCUUCAAGAAUUCUUCACUCAAGACCAAGUGGAAAAAAUCCUAAACAUUAUUCCUUUUACUCAACAUGAAGAAAAAAUGACAUGGUCCUUAACAACCAAUGGUAUGUUCUCUGUGAAUUCCACCUACAAAGCCAUUCUCUGCCACAACAAUCAAAAUCCCAAAAACAAGGAAGAAGAAGCCAAAUUUUGA